CCUCAGGUUGGACGCUCAGUCUCCACUUUGCGCGAGGAAUAAACAGUUUGUGAUGUGUCUCGACGGAAUAGCUCCAGAGAAAUGUGUUCAGUACAAAGCCGAGAAAUAUAAUAAAUUAUUAAAGAACGUGACACAGGAAGCGAGCGACAUGGCCCGGCUGGAACUGAAAGUAGAAGAUGUGAAUCGCAUAUUAUUCGUUAUCACGGAAGUGCUCUCUGUGGCAGUCGUGCUGGUCUUCAUCCUGGUUCUAAUGCUCGCCUGGCAAAUAAACAGAGAGAGGACAAAAAUGGCUAAGGCGUGUAUUAGUCAACACAUCUACACGAACAGGGCGUACCAGCUGGACGAAGAGACCAACAGAGUCUUCAGCAUGCAAGAGGUGAAAUUGCCUAUGGAACCCAUAGCAGAAAGUGGAGGACGUGAGUCCUGAAGAGCACACAACCUCAAUCCAAGUUAUAAGCAUACGUAUUAACCACCCAGCGAAACAAAUGUAGAAAUAUGUUUCCAAUGUAUAAUUUACUGCACCGAGAUAUGUUUUUGUAGCGACAGUAAUUUUCCUUGUACGCUGAGGCAUGCCUAUACUUCUGUUUGUACCCGUUUCCUUCCUCUGGUACCUCUAGCCUACUUUCCUUAUUUACAAAAAUGCAUGUACCCUUAAGCGACCGCCAUGUUGUCUGUGUGUCUGUGUAUCCCCCUGCAAACUUUUGAAUAGCUGAACCAAUCUUUAUGAAAACUGGUAUG